GUCUAGGAACAUUAGAAUAAUCAUAAUCUGCAAUGCCAUUGAUUACAUGUGUUGCUACUUUUAAAUUGAAUAGUAUCUAUUUACUACUUUUAAAUAGGAACAAAUUGAGCUAAAUAUGACACAGUCAAAUACACAAUUUGAGGUGUCCCCUAAUGAUGCUGUUGGUAAAGUUUUGGGGCCUGAACAUUCUGGAAGAGUUCGUUGCAUGGGCAUGGGAGCAGCGCCUACAAAUACCUUUAGGAAUGUGAGAAGUCGGCUUAAUGGGAUGACCAUCUCCACUAAUUCAGCUGGAUCUUCUUCGCCUACUACUGCUGCAAUUUUACAGGAAAAGAUCAAUAAUUUGGAGUCCGACUUACAUAAUUCACAGCAAGAGGUCAUUAGUCUAGAGUCUAAGUUGCAGCAAUCAUUUGAUAAUGUGAAAGCAUAUCUAAUGAUGAAGGAAGGAGGAAUUCCCGAAGCACUUGUUGGCUUCUUUUCUGCCCGCGAGGCUAAUGAUGCUGAAAGCGAGCCUACUACUCCCUUUGAUGCUAGGAGAUCAGUUGGUGAUAGCAACGGACAUCUGAGGACAAAUAUUUGAGCCUACUACUCCCUUUGAUGCUAGGAGAUCAGUUGGUGAUAGCAACGGACAUCUGAGGACAAAUAUUUGAGAUUUUUAUGUAAUUAGAUGAUAUUGAAAUAUUGAAUGUUUUUACUUUUUAAAGAAAAAUAGUAAUAGUUAUGUAAAACAAUACCAUAUGCAAUUAUGUUUGGAAUUAUUGACUUUGAGAAUUUUUUUUA